AUGGAUUUGAAGUUCUUACUGCUUUGCUUCGUGCUGUAUCUGUGCAACUUAGUCAGCUGCCAGGACGAAGACUAUCGCCGGAGACCAGACGCAUUUUACGGUGGCUGCAUCAAUGGCACAGUGCGCAUGCCUGAUGGUGCGAAAUCAUUCUCUAACUCUUCAAAUAUUGCCAUUGUUCUUUAUGCAUUCACCUGUAUCGACGCGGAUGGCGCCAUUGCUACAGCCACCUUUGUACACAUCAUCUGGUCGGCGCCGGUAGCCGGAGUCCUGGCAGCUGACGAAAUUGCACAGGUACAGCACAAAGCAAAGCAGUAA